CUCGUCGUUUCUCUACAUUCUACGUUGUCGGUAUAGUUUUUAUCUCUUUCGCGUCUGUAUCGACUCUCUCUUGAGUGUCUCUAAUGUGACAUGGCGUCCAUCAAGAUAUAUCACGGCCUCCUGUAAAACUGUUUUAAUGACAGUGGGCUUUUAUUGCAUUUUAUUUCAGAGGCCGUAAUAAAUAGUACAUUUGCAUUGAUGGUAAUGCAUGCAAGGAAACCUCAGCGAAUAAGCGAUGGGUACUUUGAGAAGCACCAGACCCAUCCGUAUCAGAAGUACAAUUCCAAGAGAACUGUUAAUGACUACAGUACUUCUGACAACCGCUACACACCACUUAGAUCCCCCAAUGGCAAUGUCUCGGGACAUGGGCAUGGUGCCCAUGCAGGUCACACAGGCCACUCCGGUCAUGGUCACCACCACUACAGUCACAUGGCUGAAGAAAGAGAAUAUAUCACACACACAUCAAGAAACUCCUAUAUCCAGAAAGGUUCCGAAAAGGAGAGAGAUAGAGACUACAAAUCCUCUAGAAAUAAGUAUACAGAUGUCCGAUCCCCGAAGGAGAAACGUAUCAAAGACAGUGAGAGGGAGAAAAAUAACCAUGAAAGAUGUGAAUCGGAGAAAAAAAGUAGGACUAGUGGCUUGAAUAGUAGUGUUAAUAGAAGUAGUAAAUAUGACAAGAGAAGUGCACCAUGCUCAUCAAGCGUGCCUGCAGGAAGUGAAUGGUCAGAACAUAUUAGUUCAUCAGGAAAGAAGUAUUAUUAUAAUUGUAUCAGUGAAGUGUCACAGUGGGAGAAACCUAGGGAAUGGGAAACAAGAAGAACAUCAUCCAAAGAAACAUAUACAACAAGAAACAGACUGACCCCAAUUCUUAGGAGAAACUUGUUCAUCCACGGAACUUACGUAUUUGCCGGAAAAUACAGAGAUCGUGAGCGCGAUAAAAGAUCGAGUUCUAGAUCAGGGCGGCGAGAAACUGAAAAGUCAAAUAAGCGGACGAACAGUACGUCGGAAAGAUAUUGGAGCGGCGGAAGGGAAGAGGACAGUCACGAGAGAACGAGGCAGAAACAUGCGACGUCGCAACACGACGGCAAGGAUGGACAAACAUUACAAGAUAUGGACAUAUCUCCGGACCGGAGUACGCCUCUGUCGGAGAACUCGUACGGCGCAAGGGAGAGCGCGGGCCGCAGCGAUGGCAACGCGGUGCCGCCCGUCGUCGUGCUCGAUAACUCCAACCAACAGAGUGGCUCAUUAUUGGCUGCGGCGUUACCGCGUAUCGUGGGCACGGUGCUGCCGAACGUGCCGGUAGCGUCGAGCGCGGUGGUUGUCGCGUCCAACAACGGCGGCUCGCCCGGCAGCGGGGGCGACACGCCGCACCGGGACGCAGGCCCGCCGACACCGACGCACUCGGAGAACAUCGACCCGCACGCGCCGCCUAUACAUCUCGAUAACGCGCUGCCUAGGAAAAUGGAAUGCCUCGGCAGCUAUUCGUCUGUUGUUGGUGGGUCGUUGCAGCACGGGCCGCCGAUGCUGACACCGUCGCUUGUAAACUACGUGCGGUCGGAUCUCACCGCUCAUGUAACCGGCUGGGCUGCUGACAUACUUGAGAAACAGGCCAAUAAAUUUACCGAAGAAGCAUAUCAGCUAGGCUGUCUGCAGUGCACGCGGGUGUCGGCCGAGCUAAAGUGCUCGCGGUCCGUCGUGCGCCACACUGAAAUACAAGCCACACUGCAAGAACAAAAAAUAAUGUACCUACGUCAACAAAUCUCCCGGCUGGAGGAGCUGAAGUCGCAGAAUUCUUUCAUGUCGGAAGACUAGGGUCCGCGGUGGGGGGCUCCCCCGGCGCCUCCCACCCGCCUCUUCCUUACAUCACCACUCUCGCCCCGAGAAGACGACGCAUAUUAUCCAUUCCGUUAUUUUUCUAUGUAAUGUAGAUCAAAUGACUACUGAUUGUGUUGUGUGAUUCGAUGUUAAAUAAUAAGCAAUCGUUCUCGUGAUCAUACGCCGGGGUUGGUCAAUUGAAACAGUGCGAUUUCUUCUUAGCUAGGCGAUUACCACAGAUUCAAUUAAAUAAUUCGCUCCGUAAUGAAUUUAAGACAAUUUUCAAGGAAUAAUUUAAUCAAAAGUGGAUAUCUUUUAAGUAGGUAGGUUAAGUAGUGCAUACGUUAUUUGAAAAGUGAUCAGUGCACAAUAUGGGCGUUAUAACUUCAAUUUAAUGAAACAGGAUACGCAGUGUUGAUAUAAUUAGUAGAGAAAGGAAUGUGUUUAAGCAGAGCGCGAAAAUAAUUUUAUAAGCUUUCUAUAUGUACUAGACAGUUUCAUUGACUUUCAUCUUCUGUGAAAUGUAAGGGUGCAGUGUUUUGUAACGUGUUUAUUGUAAAGGUUUAAAUUAUUUAAAAGAUACAGUCGUAGAAAAUUAUCGGUUUUUGUAAUGAAUGUAUUAAUGAUGCGACCGCGCGAUUUACACAGCGCGCAACAUGCGCCUGCUGUUUGUUUUUGACCAAUCAAUGUAUAAACUUUGUAAAAACAAGUAUUUUGUAAUAAUUAUUAUUAAGUAACCAGAACUUCUCGUAGCUUAUGUUAGUUGAUUUUAGUGAAAAAAAUCAUAUAAGUCUCAUAAGUCACAUCACAUCUAGCUGCCUGCAAUCAUUAUUCUAUUUGAACCGGUUCUAUUUUCCAAUGUCUUAUAGAAUACUAAUAAUAGAAUAUCAAUACAAUUACAUUUCUCAUUAACUACUCGGUUAACUGAAAGUUAUUUUCAAAAUCAUCUUCCAUGUCGAGUUUCGUGUAAUAUUUUGCUUGUGUUACAAAAAAAAAUUCUUCCAGUAGUAAUGCUCGAGCUAUAAUCAUAUUUUUAAGUCUGAAAAUUAUAUAAAUACUGCUUAUACUAGUAAUCAGUGUUUGUAUGAUGCCGUUGAACUAUAAAAUAUUUAUAAAAAAUAUUGUGAAGCCGUACCUUAAUAAUAUUAUGUAUAUUAAAAUGAAAAUUGUGUGAUUCCAAGUAGAAUAUAGUGUUAUGAUGUUAAAAAUUUUGUAUUAGUUAUCUUGUUUUCUGUGAAUGUGAUGUAAAUGUGAAUUCAAACAGAAAACUCAUCUUAGAUAAUAGUAAAGUAGCAAUAGUUCACUAAAGGAUUAUUUGCGUAAAAAUAGGAGUAAGAUGUGUUCAUAACGAAACCCUAAGAUACUUCAUUCAUUUGACAAAGUCAUUUUGACAUUUAAUAUUGACUGCAGAGCAAAAUCCAAUUUUGAUAAUAACAAAAUGAUCAUCAAUGUAAUUUGUACCUAAAUAUUUUUAAUAAAUGUAUGGAAUUAAUUACUGUAAAAUAAUUGCAAUUAACAAACAUUUAUCACCUUGACAAAAAAGUACUACCUCGCAGUUUCUUAAUUUGUAAACAGUAACAAAGCUAGUGGCUAGAUGUGGUAUGGCCGUAAUUGAUACCGAUCACAAGAUACGCGCCGGCGAUCGGAGCGCUAGCUUCGGAUAGUAGCCACGGGGCGCCACUAACAAUAGCGAUAGGUAGGUAAAAGAACUCCGGUCUAGGUCUUUUUAUUUUUCUAAUAUAGGGAUAUAAUAAAUCAAUUGUACGGCUGAAUUGACAUCAAUCCAUGUAAUAUAAUGUCAGAUUAACGGAAGUACUGUGAUACUCAUUCACGUUCACACGUAAUGAUAGCGAAUAAUUGUACUAUGUAAAUAUGUCUUUCUGGAGCAGUGCCUGUAGAGUUAGGUGCUCGCUGUGUUUAUAGAUCUAUAUUUAUAUAAGAAGCCGUGCGGGGCCCGGGGGAGUUAGCUCCGGUGAGGGCUUGGGUCGCCCUAGUCCCGCGGCGGCUCCAUUCACAGCUCGCCUAUCUCAACGUUUCCUUUUCAUAACAUCGUGACAUUUGUUUUCUGAUAUUGUUCGAAAUACAAAGAUUUAACCAGUUUAAAUAAAUCAGUUUCAAAUAAA